AUGUGCUCCCGAUUGCCGAAGCGUCACAACGUAGAACCUGUGUUCCGUAUAGUUUCCCAGCUCUUUGCUGGCCAAUCCGACCUGUCGUCUUCCGUUAGCAAUACCGAUCAAAUGGGUGACUUUUACCGAAUGCCUGCCGACACCAUUCACGAUCAGGAUGCCUUCCUUCCAGCAAAAAAGCUCCACAAGCGCCGUGUCCAACGGAAAUCGCGAUCAAAUGGUGCGGCACUGACACAUUCGGGGACGAUCGUGAACCGUAGUAAAAGCGUGGACGAUCUAACAGCGCCCGGUGUUGCUACCGAAUCCGAUACCGAUGACAACCCAACGGCCAAAUUGCACCAUACGAUCACAUCAGGACAAAAUACGGAAAAACUAAUCCAAUUGAAGGAUCAACAGAUUGCAAAGUUAAUCAAAAAGCUAACCGCCGUGUUCGAAUGCAACAAUCAGUUUGCAGUGGAACAUGAAAAACUACAAAAGGAGUACCAGCAAGCAGUUCAAAACCUGCGCACACUCGAAACAAUCCAGGCAAAGAGCUGCGACCGUUGCGCAUCGUUCGACGCUGAGCGGAACCAGCUGGCGAAAGAAAAUGGUGAUCUGCGAAACGAUGUGAAAAUGAUGAAGAUUUUGGUGUACCGGUUAAACGUACAGAUCGAACGGUACCAGGACACGAUACGGGACGGGAAAAACAGCAUUCCGAAGCUCGAUUUCGUCGACAGCACGUACGGUGGGGCGAAGGACAAUCUUAACUGGGGACCGGUACACUCACACACGCUCGGCCCAUUGCUGAAUGCGUACGAGGAAGCCAUUGCCGAGAAGACGGACCUUGUACAGCAGUACGAAACCGAACUGGCCAGCUUUACCGGGAAGCUAAAAAAGGUGCUUGAAGAGAAUGAAGCGUUGCAAAAGGCGAACGAAGAAGUUCGUGCCGGACAAACGGGUUGGACAUCGGAAAAGGCACGCCUACAGGCGCAGGUUGAAGUGUUGCGAAGUAAAGCGGAAGUGCAAGGCAAACGUGCCGAUUUAGCCAAAGAAAAGUUGGUGGAGGUGUUAAAAUGCUACGAACAGAAAGUACAAGCGCAGAAUCUAGACAUUGAGCGACUUCAAGAGGCAUACUCACGCUCAAAAGGUGAGCUAACAUCACUGCGAAAUCUUCACCAAAACCCAGAAGUUGUAGCGGAUAGUUUAAAGGAAUGCCAGAAGCUACUGGAAGAGCUACGAUUGCAGCACAACAACGAACGCACGCGAUCAGCAAAGGAAACGGAAACAAUCAAAGCCGACUUACAGCAGAAGUCAACCGAACUAGAGCAACUGCGACAAGAUUAUCAGCAACAGCAGCACAUCUUCGAGCGGCAAAAAGAAAUCAAUGAAAUCCUCAUGGGAAAGAAUGUCACACUGAAACAAACGCUCGAACGCGCCAGACAAUCGAAGGAAAUACUGAAGCAGCGCCUUAAAACCAUGAUCAGCUGGGGCAAAGGAUCGGAACAGCGCAAAGAUCAGCUGCAGGAGUGCUGGCGUAACAUUCGCGCGUUGCAGGAACAGCUGCAGCAGCGCGAUCUACAGCUGCAAACGCUGCAGCAACGCUUCCAGCACGAGCAGGAUCAGCUGCAGCGUCGACUGCGCCAGCGGGAAGACACACUUCGUAAGAUAUUGGCCGAUAAGGCACAAUUUACUCACCGUCAUAGUUGA